AUGGACCGGUUGGACCAACUAGCAUGUUGGUCCUAUGGACCGGUUGGACCAACUUGCCUGUUGGUCCUAUGGACCGGUUGGACCAACUGGCCUGUUGGUCCUAUGGACCGGUUGGACCAACUGGCCUGUUCGUCCUAUGGACCAUUUGGACCAACUGGCCUGUUGUUCCUAUGGACCGGUUGGUCCAACUGGCCUGUUGGUACUAUGGACCGGUUGGACCAACUGGCCUGUUGGUCCUAUGGACCGGUUGGACCAACUGGCAUGUUGGUCUUAUGGACCGGUUGGACCAACUUGCCUGUUGGUCCUAUGGACCGGUUGGACCAACUGGCCUGUUGGUCCUAUGGACCGAUUGGACCAACUGGCAUGUUGGUCCUAUGGACCGGUUGGACCAACUGGUCUGUUGGUCCUAUGGACCGGUUGGACCAACUGGCCUGUUGGUCCUAUGGACCGAUUGGACCAACUGGCAUGUUGGUCCUAUGGACCGGUUGGACCAACUGGUCUGUUGGUCCUAUGGACCGGUUGGACCAACUGGCCUGUUGGUCCUAUGGACCGAUUGGACCAACUGGCAUGUUGGUCCUAUGGACCGGUUGGACCAACUGGUCUGUUGGUCCUAUGGACCGGUUGGACCAACUGGCCUGUUGGUACUAUGGACCGGUUGGACCAACUGGCCUGUUGGUCCUAUGGACCGGUUGGACCAACUGGCAUGUUGGUCCUAUGGACCGGUUGUACCAACUGGCCUGUUCGUCCUAUGGACCGAUUGGACCAACUGGCCUGUUCGUCCUAUGGACCGGUUGGUCCAACUGGCCUGUUGGUACUAUGGACCGGUUGGACCAACUGGCCUGUUGGUCCUAUGGACCGGUUGGACCAACUGGCAUGUUGGUCCUAUGGACCGGUUGGACCAACUUGCCUGUUGGUCCUAUGGACCGAUUGGACCAACUGGCCUGUUGGUCCUAUGGACCGAUUGGACCAACUGGCAUGUUGGUCCUAUGGACCGGUUGGACCAACUGGUCUGUUGGUACUAUGGACCGAUUGGACCAACUGGCCUGUUGUUCCUAUGGACCGUCCUAUGGACCAUUUGGACCAACUGGCCUGUUGUUCCUAUGGACCGGUUUGACCAACUGGCCUGUUGGUCCUAUGGACCGGUUGGACCAUGGCCGGUUGGCCAAAUGGACCGGUUGGACCAACUGGCCUGUUGGUCCUAUGGACCGGUUUGACCAACUGGCCUGUUGGUCCUAUGGACCGGUUGGACCAUGGCCUGUUGGCCAAAUGGACUGGUUGGACCAACUAGCCAGUUGGCCGAAUGGACCUGUUGGACCAACUGGCCUGUUGGUCCUAUGGACCGGUUGGACCAACUGGCCUGUUGGCCGAAUGGACCGGUUGGAGCAACUGGCCUGUUGGUCGUAUGGACCGGUUGGACCAACUGGCCUGUUGGUCCUAUGGACCGGUUGGACCAACUGGCCUGUUGGUCCUAUGGACCGGUUGGACCAACUAGCAUGUUGGUCCUAUGGACCGGUUGGACCAACUUGCCUGUUGGUCCUAUGGACCGGUUGGACCAACUGGCCUGUUGGUCCUAUGGACCGGUUGGACCAACUGGCCUGUUCGUCCUAUGGACCAUUUGGACCAACUGGCCUGUUGUUCCUAUGGACCGGUUGGUCCAACUGGCCUGUUGGUACUAUGGACCGGUUGGACCAACUGGCCUGUUGGUCCUAUGGACCGGUUGGACCAACUGGCAUGUUGGUCUUAUGGACCGGUUGGACCAACUUGCCUGUUGGUCCUAUGGACCGGUUGGACCAACUGGCCUAUUGGUCCUAUGGACCGAUUGGACCAACUGGCAUGUUGGUCCUAUGGACCGGUUGGACCAACUGGUCUGUUGGUCCUAUGGACCGGUUGGACCAACUGGCCUGUUGGUCCUAUGGACCGAUUGGACCAACUGGCAUGUUGGUCCUAUGGACCGGUUGGACCAACUGGUCUGUUGGUCCUAUGGAUCGGUUGGACCAACUGGCUUGUUGGUACUAUGGACCGGUUGGACCAACUGGCCUGUUGGUCCUAUGGACCGGUUGGACCAACUGGCAUGUUGGUCCUAUGGACCGGUUGGACCAACUGGCCUGUUAG